CUUUUCCUCAGCAACCUUUGUUUCCCUCCCAAUCCUCCAUCAUACCACUUACAUCGCCUAUCCAACUUUCUCCCGCAAGUUCUCCCUUGUUCGUCCUACUAGGGAGAUAUAUUCCGGCGCCAAAAAAAUGGCCUACUAUAAUUCGAAUCCUGAUGCUCUCCCAGCCCACGCAGAACCGGAGCAAGCCGCCCAGAUGAUGAGCGGCGGAUACGAAAACCGUCCCCCUCCGAAUCGCCCACCUCCAGUGGGAUCAAACUACGGAGGUGGCGGUGUGAAGCCAAUGUCCCCCCGCCCGGACCCGUACCGCCAGCAGCAAGGACACCAGGGGUAUAACCAGCCACCGCCCGGGCGACCCCAGCAGUUCCAAUCCCCACCUCCGGGGCAAUUCGGUGGCGCUGGACAGCGGCCUCCACCGGUUUCAAGACCUCCGCCCACGCCUGCCCCAGCCCAGGGGGUCGAUCCGACGUUGUUCCCGCUAUUUAAGGCUGUGGACAAGGAUGGCAGUGGACAACUGAGUGAGAAGGAGCUUCGAGCUGCACUCGUCAAUGGGGAUUGGACUUCCUUUGAUCCUCACACUGUUCGUAUGAUGAUUAGAAUGUUUGACACUGACCGUUCCGGCACAAUCGGCUUCAAUGAAUUCUGCGGUCUCUGGGGCUUCUUGGCCGCCUGGCGCUCCCUGUUCGACCGCUUCGACGAAGAUGGCAGCGGUAACAUUAGCAUCCAAGAAUUCUCCAACGCUCUAACCGCAUUCGGCUACCGUCUUUCACCCCAGUUCGUGCAACUGCUUUUUAGGUCAUACGACCGAAGAGGGCAAGAGGCCAUCUCUUUCGACUUGUUUGUGCAGAGCUGUAUCAGCCUUAAGCGCAUGACAGAAGUAUUUAAGAAGUACGAUGACGAUCGAGAUGGAUAUAUCACCUUAAGCUUCGAAGAAUUCCUAACCGAAAUUCUCCGGCAACGUUGAUAUAACUAUCAAUCGGUUUAACCCUUCCUAUUUUCGCCUUCAACCCAACCAUUUCUUUGAGUUCGUCAGUCGGUCAGUCGGUCGGUCGGUCGGUCAACGGGAUCUUGGAAAUUCGGGAUAGACAGUCACCAAAUUUUAUUCGCUUAUGGCUAAUCAUGAUUUCCUCUCUCCCCUUCUUCCUUUCCGUCGUCCGUCUGUUUGACGAUUUUGUCUUGCGGUAGGUAAAUUAGGGAGAACAAAAAAAUUAUAUUCUCGCAUACUUAAAAAAA